UAACCAAAUACAAGGCGAGCAACCCUGAUUCGGAUCCCCAUCCCGUUGCCCACCGGGCUUUCUUGCCCCAAAGCGUUGCCAAUGUCAACCGUCACGAACACCCCAACAAGCCCACCCCCUGGAAACUCCAUUCCAUUGUCUUCGGCGUUUUCAAUGCCGGCGCACAUAAAAAUUCCGGCUACGUUUACGGCGUGGACUACGCUUAUAAACAAAGUUUGUUAAUAUUUCUUCGCCAACGGACGCGAAACUCGCCUCGCAUCUCGCGCGUGAAAAUCCAUUUAGUUAAAUGCUCGCAGGAUGCGGAAAUCACUUUCGAGAUUCCAGAAAUAGUACGGCAUUUUAAAAUCAAUUUUCCAAACAGUUAUUAAAUGCUUGUCUAUGGACAAAUGGUUCGGAGAGAAACGUCUCUGGCUGUUUGGUAACCACCUUCCACUUUUGCCCAGAAGACCACAAGGUAGCAGCAAAAUGGAUCGCUAUGAGAAGCUCAGUCGGCUGGGCGAGGGCUCCUACGGUGUGGUCUACAAGUGCCGGGAUCGGGAAACGGGUGCUCUGGUGGCGGUCAAGAGGUUUGUGGAGUCCGAGGAUGAUCCAGCGAUUCGUAAAAUUGCACUGCGAGAAAUUAGGCUACUGAAGAACCUGAAGCAUCCGAACCUUGUCUCCCUGCUAGAAGUGUUCCGACGGAAGCGACGCCUCCAUCUGGUCUUCGAGUUCUGCGAGCUGACCGUGCUGCACGAACUGGAGCGGCAUCCACAGGGCUGCCCGGAGCACCUGACCAAACAGAUCUGCUACCAGACCCUGCUGGGCGUGGCCUACUGCCACAAGCAGGGCUGCCUACACCGCGACAUCAAGCCGGAGAACAUUCUGCUGACGGCCCAGGGUCAGGUGAAGCUGUGUGACUUCGGCUUCGCCCGGAUGCUCAGUCCGGGCGAGAAUUACACGGACUACGUGGCCACCAGAUGGUACCGGGCGCCGGAGCUGCUGGUGGGCGACACUCAGUACGGCACUCCGGUGGACGUCUGGGCCAUCGGUUGCCUCUUCGCCGAGCUGGUCCGGGGCGAGGCCCUCUGGCCAGGACGUAGCGAUGUGGAUCAGCUCUAUCUGAUCCGCAAGACGCUCGGCGACCUGCUGCCGCGCCACAUCCAGAUCUUUGGACAGAACGAGUACUUUAAGGGCAUCACGCUGCCAGUGCCGCCGACGCUGGAGCCGCUGGAGGACAAGAUGCCGGCCAAGUCGCAGCAGAAUCCCCUGACCAUUGACUUUCUCAAGAAGUGCCUGGACAAGGAUCCGACCAAGCGCUGGUCCUGCGAGAAGCUCACAAAGCACUCCUACUUCGAUGACUACAUCGCUAAGCAGCGCGAACUGGAGCACGUCAACAGCCUGGAGGCGGCCAAUCUCCGCCAGCAGCAGCUCGCCUCCCAGCAGUUCAUGCUGGCCACGGCGGCCCAGCAGCUCCAGACGGGUCCUGCUCAGGCGGCGGCCAUCGCGGCGGCCCGGGAUAAAUCAAAGACUUCAAACACAUCACUACCGCUGCUGCCUAGCACGCAGCAUCAUCAUCACCCGCAUCAAGAUUACGUGAAGCUGCAGCCCCUGAACAAGAAUGCAAACCUGCUACAUCGCACCGAGCAUCAUCUGCCCACAAUUUGAGUUUGAGCAGAGAAUUUGUAACGAAGUAAUGUCCUUGAGCGAGAAUUGAGCCCGAAAUUUAACUUAUUUACUGCUGGGAAUAAAUGUGUAAAAGU